UACUUGUUAGAUAGUUGAGGAAAAUAAAUAUAAAAACUUUGCUAUUUUGAUUUAGGCGUUAUAUUAUCAGUCAUAACUUGUAUGAAAGACUGGGCACCAUAUUUCAGCAUAAAAUGUUAAUCUCAAUAGUUUUUCUCCUCAUCCUUAGUCCCUUGUCUUCUCUUCAAGGCACGCUUAGUGAGAAAAAAAAUGACACUACUAAAUCAAUGGACCACACUAUUAGUCAUAGUGUUCCCAAACUAGUAACUACAACCACCAAAGUGAAAAACCAGGCUCAUGCUGCUUCUUCAAAAAGUAGUAGCGCCAAUCAGACUCUUCCAUCCACCCCAAAGCCUGUUGUGGAUGGUAACCAGAAACCUGUGCCUUCUCUUCAAGACACACUUAGCGAGAAGAAAAAUUCUACUACUAAAUCAAGAGUGAACAUUAUUAAUCUUAAUGUUCAGAAACCAGUAACCACAAACACCAAAAUGAAAAACCAAACUCAGUCUACUUCCUCAAAAACUAGCAGCAUCAGUCAGACUCUCACAUCCACCUCAAAGCCUGCUGUAGAUAGUGUCCAGAAACCUGGGCCUGCUCUUCAAGGUAAACUUAAUGAGAAGAAAUCUACAACUGCCAAGUCAACAUCCCACACCAGUAGUCUUAAUGUUCCAAAGCUAGAGACUAUGGCGUUGAAGACCAAAAUGAAAAAUCGAACUCACCCUACUUCCUCAUUUACAAGCAGCGUCAAUCAGAAUCCUCCAUCCACUGGUAAGAUUGUUGUGGAUGAAAGCUCACUUGGCGAGAAGAAAAAUUUCACUUUGAAGUCAACAGACCAAACUAUUAAUGUCAAUGUGUCAAAGACAGUGACUACAGUAUUAAACACCAAAACGAAAAACCAGACUCAAUCUACUUCCUCAAAAAUUAGCAACGUCAAUCAGCCUCAAGACAUUGUACAGAAACAUGUACCUUCUCUUCAGGAUCCACUUAGUGUGAAGAAAAAUUCUACAGUGAAGUCAACGUCCCAAACUAUUAAAGUUGUGACAUUAUCAAACACCAAAAUGUCCUCAACAUCUAGUAAAGGGAAUCAAACUCUCCCAUCCUUAAAAAAGCCUGAUGUGGACAACAUCCAGAAACCUGUGCAAAGUGUACAGUCAACAGUCAACACUAUAAAACUUAAUGUUCGGAAACCAGUAUCUACAUUAUUAAAGACCAAAAUGAAAGACCAAACUCCAUCUACUUCCUCAACUUCUAGUAGAGUGAAUCAGACCCUCUCAUCCCCUUCAAAGCAUAAUGUGGAAACGGUCCAGAAGCCUGUGCAAAGUGUACAAAACACAAUUAGUGAGAAGAAGAAUGUUACUACUAAGUCAACCAUCAACACUAUUGAUCUUAAUUCUCAGAAGCCAAUAACUACAUUACUAAAGACCAAAAUGAAAAAUCUUCCAUCCUCUUCGAGGCCUGCUGUAGAUGUUGUCCAGAAACCUGUAUCUUCUCUUCCAGCUACAUUUGGCAAGAAAAAAAAUACUACUAGCAAGUCAGUAAGCCACACUAUUAAUGUUAAUGCUUCAAAGCCAGUAUUCACCAAAAUGAGAAACCAAACUCAUUCUGCUUCCUCAAAACCUAGUAGCAAUGAGACCCUCAUAUCCACACCAAAGUCUGCUGUAGAUGUCCAUAAACCUGGGCCUGCUCUUCAAAGCACACUUAACAAGAAGAAAAAUUCCACUUCUAAAUCCCAAACUAUUAGUCAUAAUGUUCCCAAGCUAACAACAUUAUUACACAAUCAGACUCAUCCUACUUCCUCAAAAAUCCACAGUGUCAAUCAGACUCUCCAAUCCUCUACAAAGCUUGUUGUGGAUGAGAGCACAGAUAGCAAGAAGAAACAUUCUGUCAAGUUAAUAUCCCAAACUAUUAAUGUUAAUUCAUCAAGGCCAAUAACUACAUCAUUAAACACUAAAACAAAAAACCAAACUCAAUCUACUUCUUCAAAAAUUAACAACGUCAAUCAGACCACUGCCAUACCUGUAGUGGAUGGUGUCCAGAAUCCAACUAAAGACAAACCUGCAGAGAGUUCACCAGUUAAAGUAGUCAUCACUGAGGCUUGCGUUCAACAGGAGUCUCAGACAGAUACAGGUAACAUAACCAAAGUACGAGAAACAGAGCUAAGUUUGAAUCCGGGAUCUCCUCUGGUUAUGACUCAUCGCAUCAACCUGCUACAUGGGGCUUGCACAGGAGGUUGUGAGACGCAGAUGGCCGCACUAAGGGACAGAGUUGAGUUUCUUGAGAAGGAGAUGUCAGUGAUUAAAAAAAUGUGUGUUCAGUGCUCUGGAGAGCAGUGCCCUAAAAACUGUAAUGGCCAGGGCAAGUGUGAAGGAGGAAAGUGUGUUUGUUUCCAGGGCUUUAGUGGCCCAGACUGCAGUGGAAAAACAUGCCCCUCUAACUGCAACAAAAAAGGGAAGUGUAUGAAGGGAAAGUGUGUGUGUCAGACUGGUUACACAGGCCUAGACUGCAGUAAAGCUGACAAAAAGACCACAGUAACUGUUGAAACUGUGACUAUGAAGAUGUCCACUGCCAAGCCAGACAGAAAAUCUGUAAAGACAAAACCAGACAAGACUAUAUUUGUGAAAAAGAUAGAUACAAAGGACCCAAAGAAAGACACCACAACCAAGCCAACAGUGUCCACAGGUAAAGUCCAGUCCAGUACCACAAAAAAAGACAAGACUAUUGGUCAAGUUCUGCAAAAGCAUGAAGGUAGAAGACAUCAUGAGGGCAAAACAUCAGACAAAGACAAACAAUCCCAAACUGACAGGAGAAAUAAACUUAAAGAUGAGCCAGUCUUUCAGAAUGUGACUCAAAGAUCUGUAAAUGAAACCUCCAAAGAGAACUUGAUUAAAGUCACCAAAGGAUCAUCUAACAUGACUACAUCCAGGACAAAGGUUACUACCAGAACUGCAGGUGAUCAAGGGCUGGAAAGUAAGACUAAAGUUACAUUUAUUGAAAAAGACAAGAAGCUUUCCCAUGGCAAUGUAACAACUCUCCAAGCAGAGGGGAAUUCUGUAAAUGGGACAAGUAUUGAAUCCAAAACUCAUAUCAAUCAUUUCAACACUAGCAGCAGAUUAUCAGUUAUUGGAUCAGUGGAGGUUCAUAAUAUCACUUCUACUGGGUUCAUUUUGUCUUGGGAAGCUCCUCGAGACAUGUUCAAGUACUUCACUGUAACAAGAAGGGAAAUCAGAGCAGGAAAUGAAGAUUCAGAGAAAAUUCAGGAAGGAACAGCAGCUGAAAAUGUAACAGAUGUCCAAAGGCCCGGUUCAAACAGAACUUCAACUAAAGUCAACAGUAACAAACUUGAAGCAAGGACUGUGAAAAAGUUCUCACAAGUUCUCGCUGGUACAGCACGGUCGUAUCAUUUUAAAGGCCUUCAACCUCAAAUGCGUUACUCGGUUUCCUUGUUUGGCUCUGGUCUUGGUCUACGAUCCAAAAUUCACCGCCUUACAUUAUCCACAGGCCCUGAGCCGCCCACUGAUCUGAUGUUCAGCAAUAUAACAGAGACUUCUGUUUCUGUAUCCUGGGGAAAGCCUAAAAGCAUUGUAGCAGAAUUUAAAGUCACAUACACCAACAUUGUGACUGGCGAGAGUGGCUCCAUGUCUGUUGACUCCCAACUGUCCCAUGUUCUCCUGUCUAAGCUCUCUGCUGGCUCCACUUAUGAUAUUACUGUGAGCUCAGUCCUGGAGACACUCGAGAGCGAGCCAAUCACAGCCUCAGUCACUACAGUGCCAGAUUCUCCUACUGAACUGAAGGUGGUGAACAUCACAGACACUAAAGCUCUGCUAGUAUGGAAACCGUCCCAAGCUAAAGUGGACAGCUAUAUCCUCAGUUAUGGGACUACAAAAUCUCCUAAUGUGUCGAUUACAGUAACAUUAUCUGGCAGUACUGUGGAGCAUCAGCUCAGAGGACUACAUAGAUCUUCUUUAUACACAGUGAAAAUCACAAGUCAAGUCAACCGGCUCCAGAGUAGCCCAGUCUCCACAACCUUCACAACAGGAAGUGGAUUGAAGCUUCAGGUAGUGACUCCUGAUGAGGUGACCUUUCACUCAGCUGUGAUUUCAUGGAGGGCUCCCCGUGUGGCUUUCAAAAGUUAUAGGCUCACAUACCAGCAGAACGAGGAAGUCAAAGAGCUGAUUUUAAAUCCAUCUGUGACGCACUAUGAGUUGACUGGACUGGCAGCCUUCUCAAACUAUACUGUGAAAAUAGAGGGAGAAAGAGAUGGACAGUACAUCAGUUUUGUCUCUGCUGAGUUUAGCACUGCCAUGCUCCCGUACCCAUACCCCACAGAAUGCUCAGAGGUACAGAUCAAUGGGAUGAAGGAGUCAGGAGAGGCUGAGAUCUACCCUGAAGGGAAGGAUGGAGAGCCAGUAUGGGUCUACUGUGACAUGGAGACUGAUGGAGGAGGCUGGACAGUAUUCCAGAGGAGAAUGGAUGGAUCUACUGAUUUCUUCAGGAGCUGGAGAGAUUACAGCAAAGGCUUUGGUCUCCUGAGUGGGGAAUUCUGGUUGGGAAAUGACAUCCUUUACACUCUCACCAGCCUUACACCAAUGACCCUGCGAAUUGACCUGCGUUCAGGAAAUGACACGGCCUUUGCUCAUUAUGCCAACUUCAGUGUUAGCUCAGAGGCUAAUCACUAUGCACUCGAGCUGUCUGGAUACUCUGGCACUGCUGGUGAUUCCAUGAAAUAUCACAACGGCCGUCCAUUCUCCACGAAAGACAAAGACCCAAACACCCUUAGUAUCCAUUGCGCUAAGGCCUACAUGGGAGGCUGGUGGUAUAAAAACUGCUACAAGGCAAACCUUAACGGACUCUAUGCCUCCUACUCAGACAACAAGGGUGUGGUGUGGAUAGACUGGAAGGGCAAAGAUGCAUCCCUCCCAUUUACUGAGAUGAAGCUUCGACCCUCCUAUUUCAGUCAAACGAUCCCAACAACUCCAACAACCCAAGGUUAAAACUGCAGAGUGAAGAGUGCACAUAGCGCAAAUACACUGUACAAACUUCUAAACACAGCUACUUCAAUAUUGUAUAUAGGUUAACAACAUACAAAACAAAAACUGUUGUUUUUUAGAAAUCUGAUGGUAGCUUUGCAAAGAAAAUAUCACAACCUCCAGCCAAUCACAACUUUUUUAAGUUCAUAUUAAGUUUUUCGUAAUGUUAUGUAGACUUAUGCAUGUGUUGAUGUACUUGUGUUAAUGGAUAUUAACAUUUCCGCUACUGGAAUAACUGCACUGUCUUGCUCUAUUGGUACUUUUUUUCCCCACAUGACUGGUUUAGAAUUUCUUUCUAUGAAUUUGUUUUACUUUUGAUGUUUAACAUAUGUAGACAAAAAUCAAUAAAACAAAGUGCUAACCAGUCCUGGA